AUGGACACUAAAACUCCAGUCACAUUAGCUAAAGUCAUCAAAGUUUUGGGUAGAACCGGUUCAAGAGGUGGUGUCACUCAAGUUAGAGUUGAAUUCUUGGAAGACGCUUCAAGAACCAUCGUCAGAAAUGUUAAGGGUCCAGUCAGAGAGAACGACAUCUUGUGUUUGAUGGAAUCAGAAAGAGAAGCCAGAAGAUUGCGUUAA